AUGCCGUUCUCCGAGACAAGAGACCACCGUGCCAGUAUCUUGGCCACCAACCCUCAGCUCAUCCAAAUGGAGUCGAAGGCCCAUAAGCACACCUUCAACGAGUACAGCGAAGACAUCUUCGCAACCAUUAAGGAGCAAGAACGCCGCUUUGCCCCCAAUCUUAAAGCAUUCCGGUCGCAACAGGAGCUCACUAUCGAUCUCCGGAUGAUGAUGGUCGACUUCUUGGUGGAUAAGUGCCACAGGCUAGGGUUGCCCCAAACAACGUUGUAUUUGACCGUCAAUCUUAUUGACCGGUACUGCUCAACUCGUCAGGUCAAGCGGAUCCAUUUGGAAUUGUUGGGACUUACCUGUCUAUGGAUCGCUUCGAAAUACAGCGACAACAAACACAAAGUAAUUCAGUUGCUGGAGCUCAUCAAGUUUUCCAAUAAGCAAUUGAGCAAGAAAUUGUUUAUCGAAAUGGAAUCUCACGUCUUGGACAAUUUAAAAUGGUCGGUAUCAGCCCCUACUUAUGAUUUGUUCAUCGAUUAUUUCUUGAACAAGAGUUUCUUCAACUCGAUACCUGACUCUUCUUGCUCGAUCGGCUACGCAAAAUUCUCUAACGAUAAGCAUUAUUACGAUUUUUUGAAAACUGGUGCCAACUUCUUGUGUGAACUCUCGUCGAUGUAUGCUAACAUCUCAUUGGUGUAUCGUCCUUCCAAGAUCCUGCAAAUGGCCCUUAGUGUGCUCCAUAACUGCUACUAUCUCGAAUAUUACAAUAAAUUGCUUUUACCCCCCGCGUCAAAUAAAACCGAAGUCCAAUUGUUUACUCUCAUGAUGGAAUGCUUCCAUCAUCGAUUUCCUAAAUCAUUCCACGUCAAAUAUUUUGCCGAAUCAAACCCCAAGAAAAGAAAACAUUUUCAACCUACUAAUAACGCCACAAACAGUAAUGCCACCUUAAUUUAUUCUCUGCUUAUCAACUAUCUCAAGCAAGUUGGCGAAGGUGCCAAGAAGGCAAGUCAAGAAUCAAGCACCGCCACCAGUCAAAUUCCAACGAACGAAUCAUCUACCAACUCAUUCGAAUCAUCAUUUGUCGGAACAGUUCCUCCAAACAGCCAGGGUAAUGAUUUUAAUGUCAGAAAAGAUGGGACAAUGUACUCCUCAACCUCAUAUUCAUCUCCAAAUUCCCAUUCCCAUAAAUCAAAAACAAGGGUUUUGUCUUCGACCAUUUCCAGUAUGUCAUCUCCAUAUUCUAUUCCAUCGACUACUACCCCGAUUGCCUCGCCGAUGACCUCCUCAUUUUCACCUUCUCCUAGUCUGGCGAUGUCUUCAAACACCAAAAUCUCUAGAAAUUUCAAAGCUCAUCAAUAUUUGAACCUUCCGAUAGAUAAAUGCAACUCGUUGAGUCUGACAUCAUCUUCAUCAAUCAGCAUCUUCUCGAAAAACUCUUCUCAUUCAUCUUCCUCUAGUGUCAACUCUCCGUUAUCUGCCAUUGCAUCACCGGAAAAUUCAAAAGACUAUCCAAUGUCCCAAAAACCCCAUCGAAGUAAUACCCUUCAUUCUUUCACAUCCUCAUCUAACCUGUCUCGUGGUAUGCCAUCUGAAGGAUAUGGUCAUUCCCACUUCUCCCAGUAUCACCACCAACCUGCAAAAUCAACCACCCUGAAACGUGUUAGUCAGACCCUACAUCACUCAAAAUCAUACGGAGGUAUUGGACUUAAUGCUGCGCCCCUGACUUUCCAACCAUUCCCUCCCAUAACCACUGUCAAUCCUUUAAUGGGCCAGAAUAAUUUCAGACAUGUGUCUCUUGGGGUUCUACCACCGCUUGGUCAAGGUAAUGGUACCGUACAUUCUCAACCGCCAAUCCCUUCGUUGAUAAAUCUCCCUCCAUUAUUUGGUAUUGUUGAUCUGAAAAAUAGGGCCAGCAAUAUUAUGAUGAACCCUUCAGACAAUUUUGGUGCCGGCAUUGGAAAGUCGUCUUCUCAUAGACUUUAUAAGAGUAUUUCAAAGCCAGACAUGAUGUUCAGCUCAGGACCAGCCCCGGUUAGCCAUGCAUUGCCUCAACGCAAUCCUGAACUCUUCUCAAAGGCUAGUUAUCUGAGUUUGUCUACGGUUCGAAGUGAUGGAGCAUUAAGACACGGAGAAGAAUCUAAAAAAAAGAAAAUUAAAGUGAAUGAGGACCUCGAGCUUCUGGAGUAUCCAUUUUCAUAA